CCAAUAGGAUGGAUCGGGUUCUGGUUCUCCCUUAGCGGACGACAUGUAUUGACCAAUGGGAUGUCCGGAUGUUUAAAGUGGGCGUCACUUCCUGUUUGCAAGUCAUAUGACCAAAUUGAAGUCGUAUGAUCAUGAUGUGUAUUGUGGAAACUGCACAAACACACAAAGCACCGGGACACCGUGUUCAUUGGGAAGUGGGAACUCCUCUGCUGAAUAUGUUCGGAAUGAUGUCCGCUGACUAGUGUGCGGUGACCCACAUAUCAUGCACCUACGAGCCCCUUCCAGUCUCACCUUCAGCUGAGCCCCUCCCUCAAACAUCAUGCAUCCUGACCAACAGCCCAGCCCUCUCCCCCAUCCCAGUGCAGCGUACUUCUCUUGGGACUACCGCCUUCACCUUAUUGGCCUAGGCUUUGGCUUCUAUGCAGGGAUAUUCCUCCUCUCCCACCUCCUGUCUGUGGCCUUUUCCAGCACCUACAAGUCCCUGAUAGCUAAGGAGAAGGUCUUCUGGAACCUGGCUGCAACUCGGGGAGCCUUUGGCAUCCAGAGCACUGUAGUGGGUCUCAGAUGCCUGACUGAGGACUCAGCAUUAACCAGAGACAAAGUGAGAGGACAGGAAGACUGGUCCUGGUUCAACGUCCUCACAGCCACAGGCUUCUUUGUGUUUGAGAAUGUAGCUCUUCAUGCUUCCAGUGUGGCAUUUCGGUCAUUUGAUCUGCCACUGGCGACACACCACUUCUUUGCCUUGUCAGGGUACGCAGGAGCGGUGGUGUGUGAUUCAAUGGGCCACUUCCUGCCAAUGGUUACACUGCUGCUGGAGAUGAGCACGCCUUUCACAUGUAUAUCCUGGAUGUUACUGAAGGCUGGCUGGGCUCGCACCCUGCUUUGGAGAGCCAACCAGUGGGUGAUGAUCCACACUUUCCACUGCCGCAUGGUGCUCACAUACCACAUGUGGUGGGUGUCUUUUACCCACUGGAGCGACCUCAGAACCCAUAUGGCAACGCCCUUACUCCUCCUCUUCUUCAUCGGCCUCACUCUGCUCACGUGUGUCCUCAACCCCAUCUGGACGCACAAGAAGACCAUGCAGCUGCUCAACCCUGUGGACUGGAACUUUGGAAACAAGCCGGCCCUUGUAAAUGGCGCCAUGGAGGGUCGCUCUGAAGCUCCUGUCAAACCCCACGCCAGCUAAUGUGCACCACCGAGGAUCUUUUCUGAAUAUGCCAUAUUUUUUCCGUUUCGAGUGAUGUGUGAAGUUACUUUGAGAGUGGCGAGAGCUUGAUGGAUUGUUGUUUUAUAAAACUUUUGUGGGAGCAAUUUCAGUAUUGCAAAGCACAAAGUCAACAAUGUAAAUUGAAUUUAACAUCUGAGGAUGGACCCUCAGUCAAGCAAGUGAGCCCAGAACAAAAUACACAAGACAGGUUUUUUUUGAUAGUGCAUGCAGACUGACUGAUAUGUGCAAGGUCGGGACAAGAUAGUAUAUUUCUCCUUAUGUCUAAGCAAGCACCGGACAGAAUCUUUUCAAAACAACUGAGUAAUUCAGGACAUCAUUAUCAUCAUUAUGUCUCUUGACAUUUGGUGAAACACCAGCAGUUCCUUACAGUAUUUGCAAAUGAUUAUGAAAAAGACAUAGCUUUCCAAUCUGGAAAUGUCACAUCAAUCACUUUUGUGAUUCAAAAGGCCCCUACAGUUUAACCAUGUCUGGAACUAUUUUGUUAAACAUUGCUACAUUGUCUUCCCUCAGGCUUUACUUUGUUGUUGGAUUAUUUUUGAUAAGAUUUCAUUAGGUUUGGUUAUAUGGGGCAGUGGUCUAGCAUGGAGCACAAACUUACAAAUUGAAGCUUGUACAGACAGGAGUCUUAACACUUUGAAGCAACUUAACACAUGCAGUAUUUAAAUAUUUACAGCCGAUAUUGCACAAUAUCUAUCUUUGACUACUGACAGCUUUUUGUCUGAUGCUAAUAAUAAUAAUAAUAACAACAGACACUUAAUAAGUUCUGUGGGGACAAGAACCCCCCAUUAAUCAUGAGGACUUUUUAAUACAUCGCACUUUGGUGCUGAUUUGGCAGAGUAGGAAAGGACAUUAGUUACGUUUAAACAUUGGGGUUCUAUAGGCUACUUGCUGCAGCUAUUACAUACUAAGUCGACAAUUGGAUCAGUCCAUUUACUGGUGCUUCUGCACUGGGAGUCCUCCCUCAGAAUAGAGGGAAAUAUUUACCGCCUUUUGAAGGACUGGCCCACUCCAUUUUUUGUUCAAAAUUGAGAUUUGAUGUUGAAAUGCAUGGCCGGUGUUAAGGAUUAGCUAAUGUUGAUCCUGAUCUUUUUUGGGGGCAUUUUGCAUCAAGAAAAGUGUUAUUUCUACUUGUUCAAAAUAAGAAUUCGGGAAGAUGUUUUUGUUUUUCACACAAUAGCCUCAUUGUACUGGGAUCCUUGGCAUGGUGUGUUAGGAUUGUCCAUUGUCGUAUCUCUGGCAUCAGCAGCUUCGUUUGGUUCACUCAAAACAGCAAACUGGUCCUCUACCUUUCUCACAAUUUUGUCAGAGGCCCCACUCUAGCUCAUAUGUACGUUUGAUUAUACUCGGAAGAAUUAUAGACAUAUAAUGUUUACCCUACGUAUGAAUCUAUGUUGAAAAGUAACAGCUUUACAGUAUUAAGCAACACCUUGAGUUGAACCUGAGAAGUAUGAAGCUGGGUUUAGCUCAUCAAAAAUGAUCCAAAUAACUGUAAUCUGCCUCAGGACGAUGGAGAGGAAGCUACACAUUGUAUCCUUUUGAAUGGAGUGUUUUGUACAUGUGAUCUUACUAUAUUAUUACUAAAACAUUUCUAAUAUCGAAGAGUGUUUGAUUUUCACUUCACCUUUCAUUUGUUGUGAAAUAAUAUCAUUAACAUUAUGAGAUGGGUGGAGGAUUUCUUGGGAGCUCUAAGUUUUAACAUCCUGUCUGUGUUGGGAAAUGCAAUAACAUGAGUUAAUUUGAGUGACAAAAUAAAUGGUUUGCUCUCAAA